ACCAUGUUGGGGGACACCAUCAUGGUAAUCAAAGGCCUUGCCAAGCUGACCCAGGCAGCCCUGGAGACCCAUCUGCAGCACUUGGGCCUCAGCGGGGAGCUUGUCAUGGCAGCCAGGUCCCUGCAGGCCACAGCUGAGCAGCAGUUCAGCAUGAUCUUUGGUGGGGUACAGGGUCAGAAUAAACAUGAAGAGCCUUAUGCUGAGAGCUUCGAAGACCUGGAGGCAGAAGUCCACUUCUCAGGGCCACAGGCAGCAGGAGACUCUGCAGAUUUCACUGCCGUCUCCUCUCCUGACCCAUCAUCCUUACCACCACUGGACCAGACCUGCAGCGAGGGCCCAGCUCCUGCCUACAAGACCAGUGGACCCUUAAGUAAAGCUGGGCUCCAUGGCCAGGCUGCCUCUCCUCUGAGCCAGAUGAAUGGGAAGUUCUUUGCAGACCACCGAGACCCAUUCUCUGCCAUGGGAAUUCAGCAAAGAUUUUUCCACCAAGACCAGUCACCUGUAGGGGGCCUCACAGCAGAGGACAUUGAAAAGGCCCGGCAGGCCAAGGCACGCCCUGAGGGCAAGCCCCACAAGCAGAUGCUCAGUGAGCGAGCACGGGAGCGGAAGGUGCCAGUUACACGCAUUGGUCGGCUGGCCAACUUUGGAGGUCUGGCUGUGGGCCUGGGCUUUGGGGCACUGGCUGAAGUUGCCAAGAAGAGCCUUCGCCCUGAGGAUCCCACAGGAAAGAAGGCCGUGUUGGACUCCAGCCCUUUCCUAUCAGAGGCCAAUGCCGAGCGUAUAGUUAGCACGCUGUGCAAGGUGCGCGGGGCGGCGCUCAAGCUGGGCCAGAUGCUGAGCAUUCAGGAUGAUGCCUUCAUCAAUCCCCACCUGGCCAAGAUCUUUGAGCGUGUGAGGCAGAGUGCCGACUUCAUGCCACUGAAACAGAUGACAAAAACUCUAAACACCGACCUGGGCCCCAACUGGCGGGACAAACUGGAGUACUUUGAGGAGCGGCCCUUUGCAGCUGCCUCCAUUGGGCAGGUGCACCUGGCACGCCUGAAGGGAGGCCGAGAAGUGGCCAUGAAGAUCCAGUAUCCUGGUGUGGCCCAGAGUAUCAACAGUGAUGUCAACAACCUUAUGACUGUGCUGAACAUGAGCAACGUGCUUCCUGAAGGCUUGUUCCCUGAGCACCUGAUUGACGUGCUUCGGCGGGAGCUGGCCCUCGAGUGUGACUACAAGAGGGAAGCUGCAUGCGCUAAGAAAUUCAGAGAGCUGCUGAAGGACCACCCCUUCUUCUACGUGCCUGAGAUUGUAGACGAGCUCUGUAGCCCCCACGUGCUGACCACUGAGUUGGUGUCUGGCUUCCCUCUGGACCAGGCUGAGGAGCUCAGUCAAGAGAUUCGCAAUGAGAUCUGCUACAACAUCCUGGUCUUGUGCCUGCGGGAACUUUUCGAGUUUCACUUCAUGCAAACGGACCCCAACUGGUCCAACUUCUUCUAUGACCCUCAGCUGCACAAGGUGGCCCUUCUGGACUUUGGGGCAACUCGGGAAUAUGACAGGGACUUCACCGACCUCUAUAUCCAGAUCAUCAGAGCUGCCGCUGACAAGGACCGAGAGACUGUGCUGAAGAAGUCCAUAGAAAUGAAGUUCCUCACAGGCUAUGAGGUCAAAGCUAUGGAAGAUGCCCACUUGGAUGCUAUCCUCAUCCUGGGGGAGGCUUUUGCCUCGGAGGAGCCCUUUGAUUUUGGCACCCAGAGCACCACUGAGAAGAUCCACAGCCUGAUUCCCAUCAUGCUAAAGCACCGCCUCAUCCCCCCACCCGAGGAAACCUACUCCCUGCACAGAAAGAUGGGAGGCUCCUUCCUUAUCUGCUCUAAGCUGAAGGCCCGGAUCCCCUGUAAAGCUAUGUUUGAGGAGGCUUACAGCAACUACUGUAAGAGGCAGGCCACACAGCAGUAG